AUGGCGUUUCGCCAAGAAGAAGAUGAAGCGGUAUCGGAUGCAUGGGAGAGAUUCAAGGACUUUCUUAGGAAGUGUCCUCACCACGGAAUCCCUCAUUGUAUUCAAUUGGAAACCUUUUAUAAUGGGCUUUCUAGUGCCGCUAAGAUUAUUCUUGACGGAACAGCCGGUGGUGCUUUCAUAGCUAAAACCUACAACGAGGGGUAUGACAUUUUGGAACGAAUUUCUAAUAAUAAUACUGAAUGGUCUAACCCUCGUGCUGUCAUUUCUAAAUCUGCCUCGGGCAUUCAUGAGCUUGAUGCCAUUUUUUCUUUGAAUGCCCAAAUUGUUGCUCUAACUAAUUUGGUUAAAAAUAAUUUAAACUUGAAUGUGGAAAAGAAUCAAGUCCAAUCCAUAAUGUCUAAUUCUUUCAUGAUUGAAUCUUGUGUUUUCUAUAGUGAAAGACAUUCUUAUGAGUUUUGCCCCGGAAACCCCGUUUCGGUAAAUUAUGUUGGAACCCAUACAAGAAAUAGCCCAUUUUCUGCAACGUACAAAUCAAAUUGGAGAAAUCAUCCGAAUUUUUCAUGGGCUAGAUAUCAAGGACUUCAACCCCCCGGGGCAACUCAAGUCCAAAGCCGACCUUCGAAUCCCUCGGGAUUUCAUCAAGGUGGUCAUCACAUGCAAGGUAAUCACCACAUGUACCAAAGCGGACAAUCUUCACAAUUGCUUGCACCUAGGCAACAAAAUGCAUCGGAGGGUAAUGGUUCACUUGAAUAUUUAUUUAAAGGUAUUAUAAACCAAACCAAUUCCACCUUGAGGAGUUUUGAGACCCAGCUUGGCCAAUUUGCCACGGAUCUCAAGAAUAGACCUCAAGGAACUUUGCCUAGUGACACGGAAAUACCUAAGGAACAUGUCAAGGCCGUGACUUUAAGAAGUGAUAAGAACUUGGGAGACUCUAAUGCCGAAUAG